AUGGCGCACUCAAAGCGCAAUACCUCGCUGCCUCAUUUCACUUCCUAUGAGCGCAGCCUUCUCCGCUCAACCUGGGGCACCAAACGCAGUGUGAUUGGCCGAGAUUCAUUCCUGCCAUUCGCCUCUUGCCGUCUCUGCCUACAACCAGCCCGCCCUCCCGUAGUCGCCUGUGCGACUAAUGGCGACCUAUUCUGCCGCGAAUGCGCGAUUAACGACCUCAUUGCGCAGCGGCAGGAAAUCAAACGCCUGGAGAAGGAACGCGAUGAGGCCAAAAAGCGGCUUGCGGAGGACGAGGAGCGUGCGCUAGAGGAGGCGCGACAGAAAGAUCUACAUGAUUUCGAGCUGGUAUCUAUGGGUCUGGAGGCUGCGAAGAACGGGGCUGGACGUAAACGCAAAGCAGAGGAGGAUCAGGCGCUCGCUGCCUUUAAGGCGCGAGAGGUCGAGGUGGACGGUAAGCGGAAAAAGGUCUUUGAGCUGGAUGAGACGGAGAUGGCUCGGAUCGCGCGCGAUGAGCAGGAGCGGUUGAAGAUGGAGCUGAAGAAGGAGAAGGAGUCGAGCAAAUCUGCGCUCCCAUCCUUCUGGGUUCCCUCGCUGACCCCGACGACGGAUCCUAAUGAAAUUGCCGCCAACAAGGCCGUCAAAUUGACGCCCAUCUGCCCCGGUUCUUCCGAGACGCAUAAGCAUACUUACUCGCUCAAAUCGCUGGUCGAUGUGCACUUCACAGAAGAGAAGGCUUCAGACGGGACGGUGUCGCGCAUCUGCCCCAGUUGCAAGAAGAACCUCAGCAAUGGGCUAAAGGCUAUGCUCACGAAACCCUGCGGACAUGUAAUCUGUUCUCCUUGCGUUGCGAAGUUCAUGACUCCCCACGAUGUUCCAGAUCCCCAUGCUUCCAAAGAGGAACAGGCGAAGACCGCAGCACUUCAUGGGUUGAUCUUGUGCUACGUUUGCGAGACGGAUAUCACCCCCGGAUCAGAGAAGGCCGACGGGGACGAUGCAGGGGCGAAGAAGAAGAAGUCCAAGAAGAAGGACAAGGACGCUGUUCGGCCCGGGCUGGUCGCAAUCAGCUCAGAGGGAACAGGAUUUGCCGGGGGCGGCGGCAAUGUGGCUACAAAGACUGGUGUGGCGUUCCAAUGCUAA